AUGCACUGCCUCGCCUCAGAGAAGCCGAGCACGGGCGACAAGCUGAGGUUGCUCCACCCCUGCCUCGCAGAAGGCAUCUUCGGUAGAUGGGCCUCCUGGCUGGACUACUUCAUGAACGAGGUGGAGGAACCGAAGCGCACAGGGAGGCUGGCGGAGUUCGUCGACGGCAAAAGGUUCGAGUACACGUUUGCUCUCGUCAUACUGUUCAACGCGGUGUUCAUGGCCUACGCGAUGAACCAGCAGGCGGCUCACCCGGCGGAGGCCGCCUCGUCGUUCAUUCGCUGGGCGGACGUGGUGUUUCUUGGCCUCUACACUGUGGAGCUUGCGCUCAAGUUCGCCGUGCACCGGGAGUUUUUUUUCUUCGGCGAUUUUGGCUGGAAGGUUCUGGACUUCACCCUAGUGGUGUACGGCACCUUUGACCUCAGAUGGAAGUACAUGGUUGGUUCUUCUGGCAAUUCGAGUCAUUGGAUGCGGUCCCUCCGGCUCUUCAGGACGGCCAAAGUCCUUCGUAUGAUGCGGGUGAUCAAGGUCCUGCAGGAGCUGAACUUGCUCAUGGCAUGCAUCUUGGGAUCGCUGCGGGCCCUGAUGUGGAGUCUCGUGCUGAUGGCCGUCAUACUGUACAUGUUCUCGCUCGUGUUCGUGCAGCAGGCGGCCACCUAUCGGGG